GGAGACACCACACACUGCCCCCGCACAUCUGCCUCCUCACUCCCCACAGCACUUGGGAGCGCCGGGGCGGCACCGAGGGCAGGUUCUCCCUCCCACAGGCGUUACAACGGUGCACCUGCCCGGUUAGUGCUCACUCGGCAGUGUUCCUGGAGCUGCAGCCUGGUUUCAGCCGCAACACUUUGAGGAUGAUGGCAAACCCACCCUGCCGGUGGUUGGAUCUGUUCACUGACAUGUGCCAGAGCAAGGGUCGGAGGAAUUCUUCCAACUUCUUGUGGAGAACCAGUUGCAUCCAGUAGUACAAUGUGGUAUGCCUUCUGGGACAUUCAGAAGCAAGUAAAAAAUAAUGAAGAAUGUAGCCAGACUAUCAGGGGGAUCCUUUCAAGGAAUCAGACACCCCCCUACUCCUCCUGACAAGGUAAGCUCCACGUCCAUCUCACGUGUCCAGUGCUGUCACACAGCUGAUAGAGAUUCCUGUGGCUCUCUGCUGCCAAGAUGUCCAGUAACACACUGUCCCGUUUGUGCAUGGAACCCAUGUCCCUUUUGCAUGGCCUUGAUGUCCUCAACCAAAAGGAAUUUCAUGGGUUUGUCCCCGGAGGCUUCCCGCGUCCUGAGGGGAGCUCGUGUGUUGGCAAGGAGAGAAACUGAUGGCUAUUACUACCUGGGCCACAUUGUCCAGGAGGUGAAGGGCUCCAGGGAAGGCUUUUUAAUUGAGUUUGACCAAAGUCGUGCUCUGAAGGGCAAGGUCCAGCUCGGCCUGCAGGAAACACCUCUCUAUGACAUUCUCCACUACGAAGAUGCCCGGCAACAGCCUCUUGUUCUAGGGGACAGAGUCUUGGCACCAUGGGAGGCUCCAGCCAAACGUUUUGGCCCUGGCACUGUGCUAAGGGUUGUGGAGAGCAAGGAGGCACCUUUAGCACACAAUGAAAGAGGAGUGCUUGUGAAUUUCUGGAAUGGGCAGACUAAGGAGGUGUCUUCUGCUCAAGCUCUGAGGAUCCCCCUGCCCUUAAGCGAACGCAUCAUCCUGGAGCUGCAGAUGCCCUUAGCAGCCAGGCAGAUGGUGGUUGAUUCAAGUGUGGAUUACCCAUACCUUGUGACACCGGGCUAUAGAGCCUCAGGGCACUACAGACAGGGUCACCUGGACCUGGAUUGCUGCCCAGGGGCUCUGUAUUCUACUCAUCCCUGUGCAAAGUGUAGCUGGGGAUGUACCUCACUUCCCCAGUGCUGCCUUGGAGCCUGGGAACCCACACGGCCUGCAGGCUGCAAAGUGCAGCAGGAAAAUGCCUUCAUCCCAGGAGGAAGUUUGACUGAAGAAAAGCUCAGCAAGAAAAUAGAAGAGGAGCUGUCUGAAUUGAGGAUUUCAUCUUCAGAAAGUGUUUCUAGAGAGGAAGAGAAAAAGGAAGGGAAGAGUUUGGUCACAGAAGAUGUUGGGAAAGCUUUUUGGUCUUGUUUGGAGGAGGACCAUGAGGUUAUAGAAACUGAGAAGGGCCCUCAGAGGGCGAUGGUUCAUGCUAUGGUUGAUGCUGCUGUCAACACAGACAGCUGGUUAUUGGAGACAGAUCACAAGGAAGAAGCAGAGAGCAGACAGCAAGAUACUGAAACUGAAGCUAAUUUUGAACAUGAGCAUGGCCUUUUUGUGUCCCAAGUGGCAGAAGCUCCAGUCCAGCAUUCCCAGAGGAGCCCUUCCGUGGGAAGCAGUGCCUUGGUUCCUUUUAGGUGCCAGAGCUUCUUUGCCCAAGUGAAUCAAUCACUGGAGAAAGACAGCCUGACCAUCAGAUCAGCCCUUUGUGUGCAGAGACCACACAGUACCACCAACCUGCGGGCUGGGAGAUGCACACAUCUCCCAAAUCUUCUAAAAGACAAAAGCAUCACAAAAUCGAUCCUUAGUGCUGCAUCUCAGGAGAGGUGGAAAGAGAUGGACUUCAACAGAGCCAAGAUUGAGCACAAAAGGUGGCAAGAGGAACAGAGGCAGCUGAAGAGGGAGCAGCGGCAGGAGGCAGAUGGCAUCCGCCGCCAGCUGCGCAGGGACAGCCAGAGGCAGCGAUUGCGUCAGAGAACAUUGCAAGGGCUGGAGAAACAGCUGGAGCACAAAGAGAGAGCUUUGCAGCACAUGGCACUGCUCCAGGCUGCUGGGGCUGAGAGGAGCAGGAAGGAAUCCUUCUUUCGAGAGGAGGAGGAGAGGAAGGCAAGGCAGAGACUUCAGUUCUUAAAGACAAAGCAUUUGCAGAGAGAGGAGUUGCAAGCAGAAAGCAAUGAAAGGAGCUGUGGACAAGAGAAAGAAAGGCUGGACUUCCUGAGGAGCAGAAUGCAGUCACGGCAGGAAGCGCUGGAACAAGAAGCCCAGGAGCAGGAUAAACAGCAAAACCAGCGCCAGGCUGCCAAAGUGAGAGUGUUCCAGAGGAGAGACAGUUCCCGUCUGAAGAUGGAAAAAGAAGGCCAGAAACUCCGUGCCCUCCAGCAGUACCUCAGGGAACAGAACCUUUUGCUGCUCCGGGCAUCCCUGCUCGCGUAAGGAAGCCGCACAGUGGGUGAGCGAGGCCUGGAGCAGGGCACAGAGCUGCUCUGUGUUGUCAGGUGUGAGUCAGUGUGCCAGGGCAGAGUUGUGACAGGUGGCAUUAGGAUUCCUGGAGAGGUCUUUAAUCUCCCUUUCACUGCAGCCAGAGUGCACUUCUGCUGCUCUGUCCUUUACCUGCCUUCCUUUCUGGGGUCACUGGCUUUCCCCUCCCCUGAGAGGGAGCAGCAGGGCACAUCUAGAGGUCCUUUUCUGCAUUAGAAAGGAGGGGUUUUCUAGUGCAUCACAGUGUGGUGAGUAGAGGUGCCAGAGAGGAGGAGGAGGAGGUUAUACUGGUUGCAUCCUGAAGUGCUCCCUCUUCCUCACGUCAUCUAAGGUACAAAAUACAGUGGUUGUGUUUCAAGGAAUGCUCUAAUCAGCUCUGGAAAAACAGAAAUUUCAGAUGGGUGUUUAGGAAAGGAAAAUGGACAUGGCACAGUUUCUUUGCUGAAACAGUCAGAGCUAUAUGGAAAUACCUUUAUUUUACACAGAAUUAUGCUAAGGUAAAUGAAAUUUAUGUGAUACCUUGUUUCAAGUAAUGCCUAGAACCAAACUGGAUACAGAAUUUAAAUUCUGCCCGACAUUCUGUGUACACUUAGAAACAUGAUACACAUUUUCUGGCACAUUUUAAAAAUUUAUGCCUCUUACAAGAAUAUAGCACCAGUGAUAAUGGCAGUUUCUUUAAAAAAAAAGAAAAAAAGUAAAAUUAAGAAAACUUGUAAAAGGGAGCUCGUUUGAAAUCCUGCCAAAUCUUCUGAAUGGCCAGCAGUUUCCUAGCAGUGUCAGACUGCAUUCCUCCAGGGAUAAUGGAGAGGCUAUGCCUUCAGCUUUUCCCUAAAAAGACAAAGUUAAGUCUCCCAUCCAGAUGUUUACAAACUACUCUGAGGCCUUAAUAGCUAAAAUGGGUAUUUUUAAACUUUAGGAUCCAUAAUGUGCAUGAGCCAUCCUCAGAUUUUUGCUUAAAGGAAAGAUGAACCUAAAUAUAAGGUGAAGGCUUUAACAAACAGAAUGUCAGAGUUAAGGUCUGAAAAAAAUAAAACUUGCAUCAGAUUAUGGAAACUACAUGUGAGGCACAGUUUUGCAUUUUAGACAUGAAAUCCCAUUAUUUGGAACAGUUUCCACUCUGUUGACUGUCUGGAAAAGUUGGCUGGAAUUUGCUCAGCAAGAACACAGAUAGUUGUGCCCCAGACCUGGCACGCACCCUACUGAGGGAAUGUGGGUGCUGGUGGCACAUGGAGAUUUUCUUUAGGGUAAUGUUUGGGGGUUUGCUUGCUUCUCUUCUUGUUUGAGUUCUUUUACAUAAAAUCCUGUGCUAGUUGGGAUGAUGCCUGCUUAUGACUCUAACUAGACUUAAAGAAAUCAGCCUAAAACUUAAAAGGUGUUAAACUCUACUCCUGCUUUUAUCCUUAUGCACUUGAAAAUGGAAUAUGCAGAGAUUAAAGGAAAGUAUAUGAAAUAUA